CACACAAACUCACCAUUGCUUAACUCACACAUGUACCGCUUACAGACGCUCUUUUUGUGUUGUCCUGACGACUAGCGCUCUAUGUCCGGCCCGGCGGACCCCCCCGGCCCGGCCCCGAGGCCCGCGCCGCUGUUCGGUGGGUGCUGGAGCUGCCGGUUACUCUCUGGAAGUGCUCUGCUUCUGUCAGGGGCCUAUGUGUUUAACGAAGCCCGCAAAGUGAUGCGGAAAGGCGGUCCUACGUCCAUGGGAACGGUCGCACAGAUCACCUUUGCUGCAAGUGUAGCCGCGUGGGGCCUGGUCAUACUCGCAGACCCAGUCGGAAAAUCUCAGAGGAAGUCCUGAAGACUUGAAUGUUUGUAGACUUGUGUGUCAUUAUUGUAUCAGCAGUGUUUAGAGAAAUAAAGAAAC